AUGAACACUUGUCAACAUUACAAAACAAGGAAUCUUCCAUCGUUGGUGCUGUAUGAAAUAUUUAGCAUGUUUACCGAAGGUACUACAUCUGACUUGAAGACGCUAUACUCUUGUGCAUUAGUCAAUAGACAAUGGUGUAUAGAUGCUAUUCCAUAUUUAUGGGCAAAUCCAUUUAUAAAUCCAAGAGGAAAGACUCCGCUCUCCACUCUGCGUCGAUUACUUACUUGCAAAGAACAAACAAAACUUGGGAUCCGAGCGUGUGAUAAAGAUAACCGUUUAGAGAGCGGAUGUGUUUGUGAUAACAAUUGCAGCAGAAACAAUAAUGUGCAGUUGGCAUUCAACUACCCGGAAUUCAUUACGACAAUAAAUCUUUACCACUUGACGGAUUGUUAUAAACGCGAAUUUAAACACGACGAGUCUGCAGAUAUGAUGAGGGUAAUACUUGAACUACUUGUACGGCAUGGCACUCGAUUAAAAGUAUUGGAAGCAGGAUGGGACGAAGGAAUGGUUUUUUUCGAAUAUAAAGUUCUCAUACAGAGGUUAAAAACAUUCAAGCUGCUUGGGUCAUUAUAUACAAUAUUGGACCAGGAGUUUCUCUGUAUUCCUUUUUGCGAUUUUGCAUCAGAAAAAGUACAACCUUCCUUUUCCUCUGUGAUAACAGCAAUAACGUCUCAACGCUGCCUGAAACAUCUUACCCUAUGUGGAAGCCGUUCUCCGGACCCUGCCUCUUUCCGAUCCCUAAUUAAAUCCAUUUUAACACAAUCUUUGACGUUAGAGACCAUCACCCUCGAUCGGUUCUAUUUCGAUACCGACGACAUGUUCAGAGUACUUGCUAGUUGUAAGAAACUGAGAAUAAUUGAUUUCAAAAGAUGUCAGGUCAAGGAUGAUAAGGUGGUUGAAGCGUUGAUGAAUAGUAAUUUGGAAAAGCUGGAAAAAGUCAUGUUGAUGAGUAAUUGUGGAAGCAUGAAGUUGCUGCAAUGGGCCAUUAGAAUAUCCGGAGAACAUUAUGGUUAUAAAACCGACGUCUGUCUGUAUUAA